AUGCGGAUUGAUUGUGAGACCAUCCCAGACCCUCAUCCGCCACUUGAGACAUCUGAGACAGCGGUUAUAGCCAGUCAGGGUACCCAAGCUUGUGGCGACGAGCUGGUAGUUACUGGAACGUCAGAAGAAACGCCUGAAGAUACACAGGAUACCCAGGCAAGAAGGCACGAGCGUAAGGCAGUGGAUCCUGUUGCAUCUGCUGGUCUACCACUCGUGGGAAGAACAGAAAACGUCGAAGAAGCAGGUUCUCAAGGAGUUAUGAAUUUCAUCGCGCGCAAGUACUUUCAGACAGUUGACACAACCAAACCUGAGGAACGAAAUGAAUUUCUACGGUUUUUAACAGAUGUGCGCAAAGUUCUGGUCCUAGAUGCUCAAUCAGGAAGUUUGAUAUUGACAGCACUAUGUAGAUCAUUGGAGAUACUGGAUGCCCUGUGGUAUGACUAUUGCACAGGUCACUUGAAUGACAUGGCUCAGAAAUAUCUUGUGACAAAGGACGUUUUGAAGGAGUUUGACUUGACUGAGCUGAAACUGAUAACAACUAUUCAGAGGGAGGAGUACAUUGUUGCACGAGAGUUUUUUCUGCAGAGUUCAGGUGAGUACACAGAAAAUGUUUCGGAGAGCUACACCAUUGAGAGUGUGAAAACAAAAGUUCAAGACAUAGAAGGAACCCCUCCAGAUCAGCAAAAUCUUAUCUUUAAAGGGCGAAAAUUGGAAGAUAGCCGUUGUCUGAGUGAUUACAAUAUUCCGAAAGAAGCGACUCUUCUCUGGGUUUCAAGACGUCGUAGGAGCAUGAAAAUCUUUAUAAAAACAUUGACUGGAAAGACGACCACUUUGGAAGUGGAACCGUCAGACUCCAUUGAGGAAGUGAAAACAAAAAUUCAAGACAAAGAAGGAAUCCCUGCAGAUCACCAACGUCUUAUCUUUGGCGGGCAGCAAUUGAAAGAUGGCCGUUGUCUGAGUGACUACAAUGUUCCGAAAGAAGCGACUCUUCACUUGGUUUUAAGACUUGGUAGUGGCAUGCAAAUCUUUGUAAAAACAUUGACUGGAAAGACGAUCCCUUUGGAAGUGGAACCGUCAGACACCAUUGAGAAUGUGAAAACAAAAAUUCAACGCAAAGAAGGAAUCCCACCGGAUCAGCAACGUCUUGUCUUUAAAGGGCAGCCAUUGGAAGAUGGCCGUUGUCUGAGUGACUACAGUGUUCCGAAAGAAGCGACUUCUUGCUUGUUCUUAAGACUUCGUAGUGGGAUGCAAAUCUUUGUAAAAUUAUCGACUGGGAAGACGAUCGCUUUGGAAGUGGAACCAUCAGACACCAUUAAGGAUGUGAAAGCAAAAAUUGAAGACGUAGAAGGAAUCCCACCGGAUCAGCAACGCCUUCUCUUUGGCGGGAAGCAAUUGGAAGAUGGCCGUUGUCUGAGUGACUACAAUGUUCCAACGGAAUCGACCUUAUACUUAAGUUUAAAUCCUCGUGGUGGCAUACUCAUCUUUGUCAAGACUCUUACUGGCAAGAUCCUUGCUCUAAAUGUGGAGCCUUCAGAUACGAUAAAGAAUAUGAAACUGAAAAUUCAGAGCAAAUUGGGUAUCCCACCGAGCCAGUUACAUCUGAUCUUUAGGAGGCAAGAACUCAAAGACCACCAAACGUUAGAUGAAUGUAAAGUCACCGACAAAUCUUCUGUACACCUUCUUCAUGUGAAGACACGAUCUGGAAAAACAAAUAUCAAAAUUGAAGCUGUAUCUGGAGAUACCAUCCAGGAUGUGAAAAUGAAAAUAAUGGAGGAGAUUGGAAUACCGCCAAAUCAGCAACUACUUAUGUUUAACACUCAAGAAAUUGAAGAUGAACGCCGCACGUUGGAAAGCUACGACAUCAACAGCGACUCCAUCAUUGAACUGGUUAUUAGAAGAACACAUGGUAACGAAAGUCAUAUUUAA